AUGGUUCUCAAGCGCCUCCCAUCGUCUCUCUUCUGGCCAACAUUACUGACCUUCCUGAAAUUGGUGGCCAUGCUGGUUCGAGCAGAAAAUGACGAGCUGGCUGUUGCGACAGAUGGAGAAGAAGGCGGUCCUGCAGUUGAGGUUAUUGAGCAAAUACCUGGCGUGCUGUGCUGGCCAAAAUCUUUUGGAAAUAUAAGCCGUGGUGAGAAGACAUUUGCCUCAAUCAGCAUAGUUCUCGUUACGAUAUUGUUUACCCUAACUGUACUUGCCGUAGGAAGUGAUAAGGUCAUAUGCUUCAUCAUACCGGGUCUACUCAUUUUGACAACCGGAGGUCUCUUCUUGUUGCACGACCUGAUUACUAUGACGGUGAAAAUCACCAAGGAAGAAAUCAUUGCAGUAUUUGCAAUGGUCUUGCUGGCAUGCUGGUUGGGAUCCUAUCUGACAGCUUGUGGCUGCGGUAUAAAGUGUUACGAGUAUGAAAAAUGUGAGACUAUUUGUAAAACUGAUAAGCACAGGCAAGGAAUUUGGUUGCCGAUUUUUAGCAUCAUUCUUCUCCUAGUGUUUGUGGCGUAUGCGUGCUAUCUAGAUGCAGUGGAUCCAUCGUGGGUUGUGAGUGAAGUGACACUCUUUACAUUUGCACUGUUGGUCUUGUUGAGUAUUGUUGGACUUGGCACAGUUGGCUGCGGCGCAUAUACGAUGACGUAUGCGAAGCAAGAGCUCCAUAAAUCUAUCGCCUUAGAAUGUGGCUUUAGUCCAGUGCUAACCGCACUAUUCCUAAUAUGUGCUUAUUGCUUGGGCAUUAAAUACGCCACCGUAAAUCUUACUAGAAUCAUCUACGGUAUCAUUUGUGUCCUUUUAUUUUUAGGUUUUGUGGCUCUGUUGGUCGAUAAUGUUACAUACGACAUGCAGAAUACACCACGUUUUGCCAAAUAUGUUUUACCUGCACUCGGAGUCAUCGACCUUAUGCUAGCUCUUUUUAUGAUCUACUUCACAUUGCGUAUAGGUGUGUUCGAGCCGGAAAGUGUUAAUAGAUAUAAGAGCGUAACAGUUGGCUCUUGCAUCAUUGUUGGAGUUCUCUUACUUUUUACUGUGAUCCGGUGUUGUGUAUGUGGUGAAGGAGGAAAAGCCGGUUGUACUAAGGGGACGGUCUGUAACAUUUUUCUAGCUAUCUUCCUUGGUAUUGCGGUUUUCAUAGCUGCGUUUUACGGCUUCUACACGUAUAACUCAUUAACGCACGAGCAAAGGUUGCGUAUGUCAUAUUUAGAAUAUUUAGCAUAA